AUGGAAAACAGCAGCUCGGAAGAGACAGAAAACAAUAAUAAUGAAGACACCGUCCAACAUUUGACGAAAAUGAUAGAGUCGAGGAUCGCCAAGUACGAUAAUGGCAACUUGUCGUCCGGCGAGAGCCGAACCAAGAUUGGUAAAAUGACGGAAGAGGAAUCCUUCUUUUACCAGGCAGUAACAAGGUUGUCAAAAUUGACGGAGUUUCCCUCCGCUUCUUCCUCCUCCUCCGGCUCUAGUUCAGUUUUACAGCGAGCCAUGGCUUUCUUGGAAGAGGAAUUUCGCAUCAUAUUAGAAGAUUCCCGACAUGAUGACGACGUUGCCGCUUCCCCAGCAGUCAAAAACGGCACCGUCACCAAUUCCAAUCGAGAUGACGGCGGCGGCGAUUCGCCGCCGCCAGAAGAGGAGUCGUAUCAGCCGUAUCCGCCGGAGGUGGUGACGAGGAUGAACCGGAUCGCACACGUCAUGCUCUCCGCCGGCUACGAGACGGAAUGCUGCCAGGUGUAUUCCAUUUGUCGCCGGAAUGAUUUCUCCAAACAGAUAAAAAAACUUGAACUCGAGAAAAUCAACACCGAGGAUAUACAUAAGACGAGCUGGGAUUGUUUGGAAGAAGAGAUCAUGAAAUGGGUGAGAGUAUCCAAAAUUUGCUCCAAAAUUCUCUUCCCGGCGGAAAGGGAGCUCGGCGAGGCUGUCUUCUCCGGUCAUCCCAUGAUUUCCCGGAGCCUCUUCAGCAACCUAGCACGCGCCGUCGUCAUUCAGCUUCUCGACUUCGCCGACGCCGUCGCCCAGACCAAACGCGCCGCCGAGAAGCUCUUCAAAUUCCUCCUCAUGUACGAAACAAUCCGGGACCUAAUCCCCGCCAUCAGCGACGGCUGCUCCGACGACUUCGAGCACGAGAUCAAGUCCGAGAUUCUCGCAGUGGGAGACAGAAUCGGGGAAGCCUCCUUAAACAUUUUCUGCGAUCUUGAAAACUCAAUAAAAAACGACAUGGCCGCGAGAAAUCCGGUCCCCGGCGGCGCAGUUCAUCCGCUCACCCGUUACGUCAUCAACUAUCUAAAAUACGCCUGCGACUUCAAAACCACCCUCGAGCAGAUAUUCCAUAAACACGCAAAUCCCGGCGAAACUUCCGACACCGCCGCCAAGCCAACAUCGUUGUUUUCGGCGCAGGUACAAAACAUCAUGGACCUCCUCGACGCAAACCUGGAAGCCAAGUCGAAGCUCUACAAAGACCCAUCACUCCGCCUCGUGUUCUUGAUGAACAACGGCAGAUACAUAUUACAAAAAAUCAAAGGCUCCCCGGAGAUCCACCAAGUAAUGGGCGACAAAUCUUACCGGAAAAGAUCGACGGUGGUGAGACAGUUCCACAAGAACUACCAGAGAGAAACGUGGAGUAAAGUGCUGCAAAUCCUAACCCACGAAGGAUUGCAACACCACGGUAAAGUAGCCAUACCCGCCUUGAAAGAAAGGUUCAAGACUUUCAGCAACAUGAUGGACGAGAUACACAAAUCGCAGAGCAGUUGGGUGGUGAACGACGAGCAGCUUCAGUCGGAGCUUAGGGUUUCCAUAUCGGCGGUGGUGAUUCCGGCGUACCGGUCCUUCGUGGCCAGGUUUAAACAACAUCUUGAUGGUAAUACUAAGCACCCGGAGAAGUAUAUAAAGUAUCAGCCUGAUGAUAUUGAGACAUUGAUCGAGGGAUUAUUCGAUGGUAAUACCACUUCAAUGAGUAGGAUCAGGAAGAAUUAAAUUAGCUAGCUAGUAUAGAUCCAAUUUCUCUUC